CAGGCAGCUGCGGGGCGGUCGCCGGCGCGGAGCUCCGCGUCCCCCGGCGGCGGGGGGCCGCUCCCCGCCCCAUCGCGUCCCGGCCGGCGAAGGAGCAGCCCAGCCGCCCGCACCGCCUUGCAGCCAGCCCCGCAGGUUCGCACCCUGGGCCCGGGUGCCGUCCCCGCAGGUUUCUCAAGUCAAACAAGAAGGGAUCUUGUUGGACAAGAAGAGCAGAAGGGAAAAGCAGGAGCCUGUCUCGGAAGUACCAGCAUUUUCUGAAUUGCAAAACCCCAUCUCAUGUCGUUCAUCUCGCUGGAACAGUUAUCUGGACGACUUGCUGUUUUAAGCGUGCGGCUGGGCGUCCUGUCUAGCCGGGGCUGGUCCUCACCAGCGACCUCCGUCUCCCAUCAGCAGUGGUAACAGCAGCACAGACCCGCCACGGGUGAGCCGAAGUCCUCCUGCUUCCCUCCCAAGGUGGCAGGAGUGGCUCUGAUCUCUGCGCAUCGCUCCUUCACCCCUGGUUGUUCUUUGUCUCUCCGGCAUACAGCAAAGCCGCGGGUCGCAGCUGGCCACGCAGCCAUCUUCCCAAGAGGUUCUUCCCAACAGAUGUGCUUCUCCAGAUGUGCUCUGCUCUUCCCUUGCAGAGGUGUCCAGGCACCAUUUCACUGUCGGGGCUGAUGUGACCGGACAGGAUUGCAGGGCUUAUGGAAACCAGCACAUUUCUCAAUGCAGUUGUUCUGUUUUCUGCAAUUUGACGUCUUCAGUUUUCCACCGUUUGAUUCACUGAGCUGUGACAUUGCCUUGUUCUUUGGAAGAAGUCUGUCUUUCAAUGCUAGAUCAAAGGAACUGGUUAGGGUGAAACGUUCAUUCUGCCUGCUCUGGGCCUGUACAUGCUGCAUCAAUUUUUCAGUUUCUUUAAGUUUUUGUUUUUUUCCUCGGCUGUUUCAAAAGAAAGAUUUUGAAGGGAAGAAGAAACUCUUGAGAGAGUCAAGGUGUGCGUUUAGACAUCAUCAACUGCAUCUUUUUUGAGGGAUAUUUAUGCAUUACUCUACAGUUGCUCAGCAUUGGUAGAAAAGUAACCUUGGGUCUUGAAGGAUCUAAAGAAACAGGUUUUCCAGCCCUGAAGAUCAACCAUUGAGGUGACUGCAAAUUGCUUUUAUCCUAAUACUGGUUUUAACAGUCAGUGCUUCCUUUUUACGUUAGAAGAUGAUGGUGCUGUUAUUUCUCAUGUGGUCCAGUCACUUGUUUCCUAUCAACUUCAGGCUUGUUGGAUCAUGUCCACGUGCACGCCAAUGCUCGGUCAUGGCCAAAUACUAGCCAAAUACCAGCCGGUAGAUGUAAUACCACAGAGACCGAGGGCAGCAAGAGGAGGAGAACAAGGCAAGCAGAGCCGGCGGGCUGAGCAAGGGCUUUACUUCACCUGAUGCUGCGACUGCUUCCACAGGGGUGUGCAGGCUGUUGGAAACUGCUCUUGUGGUGUUUGCUCGUGUCUGUUGUUUGAAAAUCAAAUGACAGUAAAUUCCACUUACUGUGGGCAUCACUCUCUGGCUUCCCUUUUCCCUCUGUGAUGCUCAGGAUAACAGGAGCACAAGCAGGUGUUAACGCCCUCAGCCUUUCCCUUCCUUUUUCUGGGAGCUGAACUUUCUUCUGAAAUUACCCAAACAGGAGCCUAAUGUUUCUGGAGUGACAGACACAGAAAAUGAGAACUAACUCCUCUUGGGUGAUGAAGGGAUUGAGAGCAGCCCUGUGCAGAAGGUCUUGGGGAUACUGGCAGACAAAAAAUUGGACGUGAGCCGCGCUCGCAGCCCAGAAAGCCAACUGCAUCCUGGGUUGCAUCAAAGCAGUGUGGCCAGCAGGUUGAGGGAGAUGAUUCUGCCCCUCUACUGUGCUCUGGUGAGACCCCACCUGGAGUGCUGCGUCCAGCUCUGGAGCCCCCAACAUAAGAAGGACAUGGACCUGUUGGAGCGAGUCUAGAGGACAGCCACAAAAAUGAUCAGAGGGCUGGAGCACCUCUCCUGUGAGGACAGGCUGAGAGAGCUGGGGUUAUUCAGCCUAGAGAGGAGAAGGCUCCAGCCUUCCAGUACCUAAAGGGCGUUUAUAAGGACAGAGACAAGAGGGUGGCGUAGCAGGGCUCGGGAUGCCACCGUGCUCAGUGGGGACCUGCACGCUGUGCUGACUCCCCUCGCCGCAGAGGACACCCCGGGGGACGCCGGGGGUUGGGCGCUCCCCAUCCUGGCUCUGGAUGUGCACCGCAUCGCUUUGGGAGGGGCGAAGGCACCGCUGGAUGACGGCUGAGGAUGUGCUAUGGAGCCGGGAUUCAACUGCUCUGAGCUCUGUGAUGGCAGCUCCAGUUUUGGCAGCCAGGAGCAGCAUCGGCGGGCGCUGCAGGAGCUCUGCACUGUCUCGGUGACAUCUUCUGACCGCAGUGGGAAGAGCUCCCCGUCCUUCUCUGCUGCUCUCCUGGGAGUUGUGUGGUCAUUCCUGACUGGAGGAGUCCUGCUAGCGCUCUUCUUUCUUGUCUUCACAAUUCGCUUCAGGAAAAACAGGAUCGUGAAGAUGUCCAGCCCCAAUCUGAACAUUGUGACCCUGCUGGGCAGUGGCUUGACUUACACUAGUGCUUACCUCUUUGGGAUUCAGGAGCAGAGCCUGCCGUCCGGAGACUCAGUAGAAAAACUUAUUCAGGUACGGCUCUGCCUGCUGUGCGUGGGGACCUCCCUGGUCUUCGGUCCCGUCCUGGGGAAAAGCUGGCGGCUCUACAAGGUGUUCACCCAGCGGGUGCCGGACAAGCGAGUGAUUAUCAAAGACCUCCAGUUGCUGGCGAUGGUGGCAGCGCUGGUGCUGGCGGACGCUGUGUUGCUCUUGACGUGGGUAUUCUCUGAUCCAGUCCAGUGUUUCCGAAGCCUCAGCAUCUCACUGCGGGCGACGGAGAAAGGCAUGACCUGCUCGGUGAGCCGGGUGCAGUCCUGCGCAUCUCUUUAUUCUGAGCUUUGGCUCGUGCUCAUUUUAGGGUUUAAGAGUAUCCUCCUGCUGUAUGGGACCUACUUGGCCGGUCUGACCGACAACGUCAGCUCCCCGCCAGUCAACCAGUCCUUGACGCUCAUCGUGGGGGUCAACCUUGUUUUCCUGGCUGCUGGCACUGUCUGCUUAGUUCACCGUUUCUUCCGCACUUGGCACAACUUGCUGUUUGGUUUUACCUCUGGAGGCAUCUUCGUGUGUACAACCACGAUCAACUGCUUCAUAUUUGUCCCACAGCUCAGGCAGUGGAAAGCCUUUGAAGAAGAAAGCCAAACCGUGAGCCACAUGGCAAAAUAUUUCACCAGCCCGAGCCGGAGCUGCCGCUCGGUGUACAGCGAGGAGCAGCUCUACCAGCUCAUAGGGGAGAAAAACUCCAUGAAGCGGCUGCUCACCGAGAAAAAUGCCGUGAUCGCAAGCCUGCAGGAGCAAGUGAGCAGCGCCAAGGAGAAGCUGAUGAGGCUGAUGUCUGCAGAGGGCGGCUGUGACCCCCAGGCGCCGGCGGCUGCUCCCUGCACCCGGCGCACGGGGCGGCACGGGGAUGUGCCGGGGGACUGCUGCCCCCCGGAUCCGGAGCAGGAUGGGUGGCAGACUCCCCGCUUGCCGGGUACAUCCCCUCUUUGCGGUGAUGCUCAGGAACUCUGGAAACAUGAGACCCCGGAGCACAUGCGGCCAGGAAAGCCUGUUUGCUCUCAGAACCUGCUUUUUGACAUGGGGGACAGCCUGGAAUGUGGCACAAAAGAUACCCAGGAGCAUGGGAUGCCGUCGGGGCAAGGCCAGCCUCCGGAGCUGCUGCCGGACAAUGACAUCUCAGCUGGCCUGGCCUGGGAGUCGUCCCCCAAAGUCAGCUACGUGAGCAGCGAGAAGCUGCGGGAAAUCUUGCAAGAGCUGAGCCUGGAUGGCAAAACCUACAGCCCGGCCUUAUCCGGGGGACCCUCACGUGCCAGCCAGGGACCCCACGGUGAGCAGGGAGGAACCUGGGGAGCCCAGGAGGGCUACCCAGGCUUCCACACGCCCCUCAGCCCCUACCUGGCCAGACGGCGGCGGAGGAUCCCUCUGCCUGCCACCUCCACCUGCGUCCCUGGGCAUAUGUCCCCUCAUGCCGGCCGUGGGGUGAAGGAGGCAGGCGCCUGGGGCCAUGGGGAGUUGGCACGUAUCUCCCUGGGGAGGGAAGGGGAGACAGCUGGUGGAGGGCUCCUUCACCCACCAGCACCGUCCCCUCCCGCUGUCCCUGGCGAGGUCUGCCCCCAGCCCGAGGGAUGGCCAGGACGGCCAGAGUCCAAGGGUGCUUCGCCGUGCCUCCCGGGGGAGUACCGGCCACGGGGUGCCCUGAGGGGACCCACUGAGCCCUCCCUGCGCUCGCUGUACUACUACCCGGACUCUGACUCCAGCAGCAGCAGCUCCGAGGAAAUGUUCCACGGCUGCCACCGGCCCUGCUGUGAGGUCUGCUUCCAGAGCCCACAUGGCUCCCUGGGCAGCAGUAGCACAGACACGGACACGGACACGGACACAGAGCCCAGCAGGGGCAUGGGCCACUGGACAGAGCACCACAGCGGGCUCCAACCUGUGGUGAACUUCAAAGAAGAUCUGAAGCCCACCUUUGUGUGACUGCAAGCACCCCUGCCCCAAAGGCCUGUGCCCCCCGUCCUCAAAAUGCCACGCGUCCCUUCGAGGGAUGUGUCUUGUUCUGGCAGCUCGGGGCUGGGAAUAAACCUUGCCCCGCUGUGGGUCGCAGUGUCAGCCCCAGCCUGGUCAGUGGUGACUGCACACUGUGUUCGGCUGAGAGGGGGUUGGCAGCACUCGGGGAGGUGGCGGUGGUUUUGUCCCGGCUACUCUGGGCAGCUGCCUGCACCCCCACAGACACCCAGCAUGUCUGUCUGUCCCGGUGCUGGCAGCUGGAAGACUGGGGCUGGGUGGCCUGCGAGAGCCCAACCUUCAUCAUCUCAGAGGGCUUUCUCUGUGAGAGCUGGGUGAUUGGCACCGGUGGGGAGCAGCACCAUGUCUCAGAAACACGCGUGGCUUCUUGCACGCAGCGGACAGACAGACAGACAGACAGAGGACUCCUCCCCCUGGGGCUGCCGAUGCUGAGCCUCCCACCAGCAUCACACCCAGCUGGAGAUGGGAGGCAGACAGAUGCCAGAAGAAGUUGCAGGCUGCCCCACGCCUGGGGUGCUGCAUGCGGGGGAGACUUUCCGGGAUUUGGGUUUUUUUGGUAGCAUCUGAGUGAGAAAAUGGGAGUCCAAAGGUGACGUCCCUGGAGAUGUCUUGUCUUCGUGUUUCGUGUAGUUCAGUUGCACGGUUGUAGGUGAGACUCAGGUCAGAGCUGAAGGGAAAGACACGCUAGCAAUCGGAGGAUCUGAAAAGGUUUUUCUUUUCCUUUUUUGCCUUGUUGUUUUUUUCUGGGGCUUGUGCCCUUAUGUAUGUCUUUGUAUGGAUGAUGUAGUCUGGAAUGAGGCUUGUUUAAAUUAAUACGGUCUGUUUAAUUUUUAUCUUAGAAAUAUCAAGAACCGUAAAUCCA